UUCAGCCAAUCACGUGGCGAUACGCUACAACGCUCGCGGGAUCGCCUCGCAACAACGAUCUCGGAUUUCCUUGUUUUGUAUUUUCACGAAGAAGCUGCUAUUAUUUCGAGGAAACACCAAACGGUCUUUUUUCUUGCCUCUCAGAAUUUACCUUUGUUUGUUGAUGUACCCGUUCACAUCUUGUUGUAUUGGCUAUCCGCUCGUGACAGGCGAACUGACUAGCUAGGCGUUAUCUUGCUAGUCCGUUAGCCAAGUCAAGUGUCAAGACUGAUCCAGCUGACUGCACUGUACGUCACAUAAUACGACUGUACGAGACACAUCUGAUCCGACUCAGAAGAAAAGACAUGUCGAUCAAACUCGUGUCAUGUUAAUUUAAACACUUCGGUCGGUUCGGAGCGGUUGCUGUUAAUACCCGGCUAACGUUAGCUAGCUGACUUUAGCAGCCGUUGUGUACACUUUAACAACUGCCUAUUAUUUGUUCUGACCGGGCUGUGUUGGAAAAAUGGGUUCAAUUCUUAGUCGAAGAAUCGCUGGUGUUGAGGACAUCGACAUCCAGGCUAAUUCUGCCUACAGAUAUCCUCCAAAAUCAGGAAACUAUUUUGCCAGCCACUUUUUCAUGGGAGGGGAGAAGUUUGACACCCCUCAUCCAGAGGGUUACCUUUUCGGGGAGAACAUGGAUCUCAACUUUCUUGGUAACCGUCCAGUCCAGUUUCCCUAUGUUACUCCAGCACCCCACGAGCCAGUCAAGACUUUGAGGAGUCUCGUCAACAUCAGAAAAGACUCAUUACGAUUGGUCAGGUAUAAAGAUGAUACUGAUACUCCUACUGAUGAAGGAGUAAAGCCAAGAGCCUUAUAUGGAGUGGAGUUCACCUUUGACUCGGAUGCACGAGUGGCCAUCACCAUCUACUGCCAGGCUUUUGAGGAGUUUUCCAAUGGGAUGGCAAUAUACAGCCCCAAAACCCCUGCGUUGGUCUCUGAAACUGUGUAUUACAAAAGAGGGGUUAGCCAGCAGUUUACCCUGCCAGCCUUCAAGAUUGAUUUAUCUGAAUGGAAGGAAGAAGAUCUCAACUUUGAUUUGGACAGAGGUGUUUUCCCCAUGGUGAUUCAGGCGGUGGUUGAUGAAGGAGAUGAUUGUUUGGGACAUGCACAUGUACUGCUGGCAGCGUUCGAAAGACAUGUUGAUGGCAGUUUCUCAGUGAAACCUUUGAAGCAGAAACAAAUAGUGGAUCGCGUUAGUUACUUGUUACAGGAGAUUUAUGGAAUUGAGAACAAGAACAAUCAAGAGACAAAGCCAUCUGAUGAUGAAAACAGUGACAACAGCAAUGAGUGUGUGGUGUGUCUUUCGGAUUUGCGGGACACUCUGAUUCUGCCCUGCAGGCACUUGUGUCUGUGUAACUCCUGCGCCGACACUCUACGCUACCAGGCCAACAAUUGCCCGAUCUGCCGACUACCGUUUCGUGCUCUUCUUCAGAUCCGAGCUGUAAGAAAGAAGCCUGGAGCGCUUUCUCCUGUUUCCUUCAGCCCAGUGCUGGCGCAGAGCAUGGACCAUGAUGAGCACUCCAGCUCAGACUCCGUUCCCCCUGGCUAUGAGCCCAUCUCCCUGCUGGAGGCUCUGAACGGUCUUGGUGGCGGGUCCCCCGGCGUUCCAUCUGCACCCCUGUAUGACGAGAUCAACUUCUCUGGGAGCCUGAGUGGAGAGAGCCGGCAGCUCAGUUCACCUGACCACUCUGGAGAUAGUGGAGGACAGAAGAGCAAAGUCAGCAAGUCCCCAGACAGCACUCUACGCUCCCCGUCAUCUCCGAUCCAGGAGGAGGAUGAAGAGAAACUGUCUGAGAUGUCUGAUGCACAAGCUCACAUGCUGUUGUCCAGCAGCAGUCCCGCCCCCACUGAGGGUACGGCUGGCGAGGACGCCCCCGAUUCACUGUCUCCUGAAGAUGAGGAUGGGCUGAAUUUGGAGGAAGAGGCCAUGAAUGACUGUAGCAGCGAGCACAGCAGCUUUACCAAAACUGAUAGUGACCCACCUGGAGACCUGUCCCUCCCUGGAUUGUCUGGCUCAACUGAAAGUCUGAACACUCAGAGUACCUGCUGCUCCAGCCAGCCUCUCCUCGGUCCCUCAAGCCAUUUUCACAUGGACGAUGAAGAACUGGAUUUUUAACCAUGCAGGUCCAUCUUCUCUCUAGUCUAUGUACAUAGCAAUCCCACAUUGAAGUUUGAUGCAGUCCCCAUUCCAGUAUCCAACUUUAAAUGAGAUUCAGCCCUUUUGUUUUGAUCACUUUUGUUCUGGUGAUCUGUCAUUUAUCAUUGUGCUUGAUUUUUAGGGCUCUUAAUUCACACCAAAGUGAUCGCCCUCACGUUAUUGCAUGUAUUAUGCCUUACUUUCUUCCAUAAAUCCGUAAGGAGAAGUCCAAGCUUCUCUUUUCCAUAAUUUGAAGGGGGAUGGUGAUUUGUGCUACUUAAGCUCCAAAAAGUAAUGUUAAAUAAAAUAUCAUUAGUUAUAUCAAGUAGUCUGUACGACUGCUAUGCUUUAUGUAAGUCUUUUGAAGCCAUAUGAUUUGUGUGAUAAAGAGGCCAAACUCUAAACCAUCUAAUAAUAUUCCCUUCAAGU